UAUAAUUUCUCUCUUCUUUCUCCUAUAUAAACACCAACAUAUUCCAAGCCUUGACAUCAACAAAACCUCGAGAAUCCAUAAGCUCCACAAUUGAGCCACUAGGAUGGCAGCAAAGCUAUGUUUAUCUGUCUUAGCCAUAACCCUUUUCUCAUUAUUCUCACCAUCACUGUCAUAUGCCUCUUCUGAUCAGAUAGAUUUGUGGUGCAACAAAACCCCCAAUCCUGAACCAUGCAAAUACUUUAUGAAACAAAACCCAAAAUACUUAUUUCCAAAACAAAGAUCUGAUUUUCGUAGAAUGGCAAUUGACUUAGCCAUGCAAAGAGCCAUCACUGCUCAAAGCCACAACAAGUACCUUGGCUCAAAAUGCCGCAAUGAGAAAGAGAAGGCUGCAUGGGCUGAUUGCUUAAAGCUUUAUGAAGAUACCAUUAUCCAACUCAAUCAUACUCUUGACCCCAACACCAAAUGUACUGAUUACGAUGCUCAAACUUGGCUCAGCACUGCUCUAACCAAUCUUGAAACUUGUAGAGCUGGAUUUGUUGAGCUAGGGGUUUCAGAUUUUAUGUUGCCACUCAUGUCCACCAAUGUUUCUAAGCUAAUAGGCAAUACUUUGGCUAUAAACAAUGGCUCAUCAUCCGCUUCGCCACAAACUUAUAAAGAUGGUUUUCCUAGUUGGGUUAAACCAGGUGAUCGGAAGCUUUUGCAGACAUCUUCGUCGACCCCAAAUCUAGUGGUGGCUCAAGAUGGUUCGGGGAAUUACCGGACUAUAAAGCAGGCGCUUGAUGCAGCUGCGAAGAGGAGUGGAAAAGGAAGGUUUGUGAUACGUAUUAAAAGUGGAAUUUACAGAGAGAAUCUCGAGAUUGGUAACAAAAUGAAGAAUAUUAUGUUGGUUGGCGAUGGGUUGAGGAAUACUAUUAUCACCGGCAGCCGGAGUGUUGGAGGAGGCUCUACCACUUUCAACUCUGCAACUGUUGCGGUGACGGGAGAAGGAUUCAUAGCCAGUGGCAUCACGUUCCGCAACACUGCCGGUCCACAAAACCACCAAGCAGUGGCACUACGAUCAGGCUCUGAUCUCUCAGUCUUUUACCGCUGCGGUUUUGAAGGUUACCAAGACACCUUGUACAUCCAUUCUCAAAGACAAUUCUACAAAGAGUGCUACAUAUAUGGAACUGUGGACUUCAUAUUUGGCAAUGCAGCUGUUGUCUUGCAAAACUGCAUGAUAUAUGCAAGAAGGCCAAUGGACAAACAAAAGAACACAAUAACAGCACAAGGCAGGACGGACCCUAAUCAAAAUACAGGGAUUUCAAUCCAUAAUUCUAGAGUUAUGGCUGCAUCUGACCUUAAACCAGUGCUCAGCUCAUUCAAAACUUUCUUAGGUAGGCCAUGGAAGCAGUACUCGCGCACAGUUUUUCUCCAAACUUACCUUGAUUCUUUGGUGGAUCCAGCUGGUUGGCUAGAAUGGGAUGGCAAUUUUGCAUUGAAUACUUUGUAUUAUGGAGAGUAUAAGAAUAUGGGUCCUGCUUCUUCAACUAGUGGAAGAGUUAAGUGGCGUGGUUACAGGGUUAUUACAAGCGCAACUGAAGCAUCCCAGUUUACUGUUGCUAACUUCAUUGCUGGACGGUCAUGGUUGCCUGCCACUGGCGUCCCUUUCAGUUCUGGACUUUGAUCAAUUUUAUUAAUUAUUGCUUAAUUUGCAUUGUGAUUUCGAUUUGUUUGUUCUUUAAUUGUUGCCAAGAUUACUCACUGUACGUAUCAAUUCAUAUUCAAUUCCUAUGUAAGAUGUCAAGUAACAAGGAAAUAAUAAAUGGGAUUCAAAAGAAGUUGCAUUUUUCUUUUUCA